CACUUACACAUAAACAGUGAAACGUCAUGUAUGAGGUAUUUCAUUGAAUUUUUUAUUUAAAUACACAAAAUAGUUUAAAAUGGCAACAAGAAGCUUAACGGACGUAUUUCUCUUAAUGAGAAAUAAUGCAAUACGCAGCAGACACAUAUAUCCUGAUCAGGAGGAUUCCGAAAGGAUGCAUUUGGUAUCUUUAAAUGAUUUAGAAGAGGGCCUUCUUGAUAAAAAUGAUAAUCGAAUGCCUCCAAUAUGGAUAGACUAUCUGGAGAAGGCACAAAUGAUUUUGCCAAAACUGAAAGCAAAAAUCAAUGAUUUAAAGCUGUUACAUUCCCGACACUUGCACAGACCAACGUUUGAUGAAAGCUCUGAUGAUGAAAUUGCAAUAGAAAAUUGUGUUCAUGAAAUCACAAGAAUGUUCAAUGAAUGUCAUAGACUUGUACAAAUUAUCAGGAGCCAUUCUGCUGAUGGUGUACAAAAAGAACAAAGACUUACUGUUAAUGUGUACCAUUCUUUAGCCACUGCAUUACAAGAAUUAUCCACUACAUUCCGAUCAACACAGAAUAGUUAUUUAAGACAGAUUCAAUCUAGGGAAGACCGUUCAAAAAUAUAUUUUGAUAAUCAAAUAGAAAUGGAUGAUUUUUACAACCAGGAAUCUGAAGAAAUAGAUAAUUAUUUCAUCAACUCCAAACAAAUGACACAGCAACAAUUGUUAAUGUUAGAAGAAGAAAAUACUAGAUUUGCUCAAGAGCGUGAACAAGAAGUUAAUGCCAUUGUUAAAUCUAUUGUGGAUCUUAAUGAAAUUUUCAAAGAUUUGAGUCAAAUGGUAACUGAUCAAGGAACAGUUCUAGAUCGAAUAGAUUACAACAUUGAACAAACACAAAUUAGUGUGUAUGAGGGAUUCAAACAGCUCCAAAAGGCUGAUGCAUAUCAAAGAAAGAACAGAAAGAUGUGUGCUAUAUUAGUUUUAGCUGCCACCACAAUUUUGCUAAUCUUUAUUUUAAUUAUUGUGAAAUCCUAGUCAUUCAUGUCUGUUUUACGCCAUCAUUUUAUUUAUUAUUUUAGUUGUAAGCCAAAUAUUUAUUGUGUAUAUAACAAAUAUUCCAAUUAAAAAGUUAUUUCAGAUAAAAAAUAGAUUUUUCUUUGCACUGUAACUCUUAGUCUAUUAGUAGAUAUACAAAUAAUUUAUUUUUUCAAUUAGUUUCUAUGAAUUCCCAUAAAUUUUACAAUUUAUAUUUUAAGAUUUUCUUGAAAGUCUGUAUUUUAAUGUUCUAGAUACAUUUCAGGAUGUUAUUGCGAAUUUUAAUAAGAGGCAUUUAACAAGAUUACAAUAUUCAAGAUUGAACAGAUUAUAAUAUUCAAAAAACGCAGUCUACACAGCUGAUGCAUAUCAAAGAAAUAAACAGCUUUAUGAUAUAUCAAUUUUUGAAGGCAUCACAAUUUUACUAAUCUUUAUUUUAACUAUUAUUUAAUCCUAGUCAUUCAUGUGUAUAUUUAAUCCAUUAUUUUAUUUCUUUUAGUUAUGUUAAAUAUUUAUUAUGUACAUAAGAAAUAUUUCCAUUAAAUGGUUCAAAUAAACUAUAGAUUUUUCAUUGGGCUAAAA